AUGUCGGAAACAAUGUUUGCACAAGCGCUCAUGUCGGGCCUGGAGAAGCGCCCUUCCAGACUCAGCAGCGACCACGUCUCGGACCCCAGGAAGUACCCUGCCCAAGCUCCUUACACUCUGCCCAAGCCAGUCCACCCCUUUCCUCGCCGUCAAAGACCUUCAGCCGGUCAACAGUCGCAAUCCAUCACUGUCACGCUCAAGCCCCUCAAGGGCUCCGACCAGCUCGACCUCCAAGCCCAGCCUCCCAACACCACCGUCCUCGAGCUCAAGACCCAAUAUGCUCAAAAGUUUAGCCUCGACAAGACCAAGAUCAAGCUUCUCCUCAACAAGAGACCAUGCACCGACCUGAAGACCCUCAAGGACAUCCUCCCCGACCCUCUCCCGGCCAAGGCAGACUUCAGCGUCAUGCUUCUCGCCGGUGCAUCAACUCCAAGCCAAGCAUCUACUCCCGCUCCCGCUUCUCCUGCUGUCAAGGCCGACGACUCACAGAAGCUGCCUCCCGACUCUGCUCCUCUGUCCGAACAUGCUCAAGCCGAAGCCGAAGCUCUUCCUCACGCUCAUGACACGGCCACUCAGAUGUUGCAGAGUGAUGAGUUCUGGGCUGAUCUGAAGGACUUUUUGGUUCAAAGGCUGCGUGAUGAGGAUCAGGGCGAGAGGCUUGUCAGCAUAUUCCGUAAAGCUUCUACUUGA